AUGGAAACAUUGGACCGACGGAGAAUGCUUCAAGGAAGCUUUUCGGGUAUUCUUAUGCCAGUCUCCACCUACUGUGGCUUAUUGUCCAUUUCGUCUCCCCUUCCUUCGCAUGCCUACACACCCGAUCCAGAUCCACUGAAGGAAUCCUUGUAUCUGAUAUGUCGCGUCCAGGAAGCAACCUGCCUCCAAGAACGCUACAUUAACAAAAAGUUGCCACCGAUCAAAAAGAUGAAAUUGACCCUACGGUUGGUAGAUCGAAGCUAUCGAUUGUUGGACCAAAUCAACUAUAUUUCCAAGUUCAUGGAUCCGAACAGUGUCGUGGAGGCCGUCCAAGCUGGCAAUGAAGCGGCCGACUCCUUACAAGAAGCGAUCGACUUUGUAUAUGCCUACAAAGACAAUGAUGGGACGGCCAUGACGUUGGAGCAAAAGGACAUUUUGAUUGCGACAUUAACGAGCACAAGAGAAAAGUUGUUUGACUUUGUGGCCUAUUUGCCAGAUCCGAGCAAGCUACAGGAAGCCCGAAAGCGAGUUGAAGAAGAGAACAGGCUGAAUAUUAAUGAAUAUGAUCCUGAUCUUGCGAAUGAUGCUGGAAUUUACAAUCCAAUUGAGCUGCCAUGGAAGAACCGAAAGUGA